UUUAAACACUUUCAAGUGGUUUGAAUUCAAAGUGGACUGCAAACUUUCUUCAAUAAAAUUUUAGGUCAAAAUUAAAGUGUUUCCAAAGUGAUGGUGCAUAGUUAUAUAUGUUGACUAUGAUGAAAGAUCAGAGUGAUACAAAUUCAGCGAACAGUUGAAAAUCGACGUAGAUAAUGGAAUGCCUUAAAAGUGUUAUAACAUAAGCGAAACGAGAUCUAAUCUUAUAUUAUGUUAAGUAAAUACAAAAAGUCAAGAAAGUCUGAAGACAGUGGACAUCAUAUGAUCUAAAUGCCUUAUUUAAGAGGAGCGUGUGCUGCCUUCAGGCGCCGACUAUGUUUGACUCGACUAAAGGCGCACUACUGAUAGCGCCAUCACUAUCUAACAGCUCUUGUUGGCUCAACGGCAAGGGCUGGCCAUCGACCUUCCCCGCACCAGCAGACAUCCUCAAAGCAUUCUUCAUAUUUGCUCUCUCUAUGUCAAUUGUCUUUGGCAACUUAGUCCUAAUCUGCGUUCUCAAUAAUCGAAGAUAUAUCAAAUAUAUCGACAACCAGCCGAGAUACUUACUGACCUCGCUCGCACUGAACGAUUUGUUCACUGGGAUCUUGAUAGCUCCAGUGGCACUUCUGCCGGCUUUGUACAAGUGCUGGCCCUACGGCGAGAUAUUCUGUCAAAUACAGGCUCUCCUGCGAGGAGCUGUGAGCCAACAAAGUGCUAUUAUAUUAGUCUGCAUGGCUAUUGACAGAUAUUUGUAUUUAUUGCAUCCCGAUACCUAUCAUAAGCAUUCGAGUAAAAAAGGUUGCGUGCUAGUUAUAAGUAUAACUUGGAUUCUAUCGGUUUCAUUAUUUGCUAUAAUGGUACUACCACGAUCUGGGUACUACUUCAACUCGACUGGACUAAUGGCUUGUGAUGUUUUCCACAGCAGAGUGGCUUUCAGGAUUUUGUCAUGUUGCGCCUACUAUUUCCCUACGACUAUGGCUCUGAUGUAUUGCUACGGAUCUGGGUUCCACGUUAGCAAAACAAGAAGCAAAUGCGAUCCAGAGCCGAUAAGACCGAAUGGUGUGCCAAUACCAUGCGCAAAGACAUCAAGAGGCGAACACGAAGUAGUGAUUCAAGCCCCAGUGAGACCGCAUAGUGUCAGUACAUCGCGGACUAUGGCGGCAAUGUCAUUAGGUUUCAUCGUUAUGGUCACUCCGGCGACUAUUCAGGAAGUGGUUGCGGCUUGUACUGGGUGUAAGGUACCACCUUCACUGGAUUUCAUCGUGACCUGGCUGGCUUUGAGCAACAGUUUCUGGAAUCCCUUUCUGUACUGGCUUCUAAAUAGUCACUUUAGAAGAAUUAGCCAUGAGUUACUUCAAUACUAUAUUUGCUGCAGACGACCGAAAUCUUUUGGAAGUUACGAAAAACCUACAACGGGAUGUUGUGGGUCGCCUGUUACUUCGGAUGGCUUACAUUCCAAAGGAGAAUUCGAAGGCCUAGGCGAAAAAUAUUGGGGUGAAAUUUUGGAACGUACAGUUUCAUCUUCCUCCCUCCAUGCCAUACAAAAGGCAUGCCACCGUGAUCCUUUACGAUGUUCAGGAUCUUUCAAAGGGUGCUCAAGUGGUGCUUGCAAAAAUGACCCAAGAUUCUUUGAUGGGUACGGACCUACAGAUUACAGACAACUAGACAGGUCAGCCUUUCAAAUUGAGUCUUGUUCACGACAAUGCAGAUUGAAGAAUUCUGACAUUUGUCUAUUUAGGCCAGGUCCUGGCUUAGAGUGUGGUCGUUCUCGUUCCAACCUGAGCUUAGAUGAAGUUAACUUCAACAAGACUUGUAACGGUAGGCAUCCAGAAUUGUGAGAGUUCCGGAACUGCCCGGUCUUCGGGCAUAGAAGUAAUAGUAUAAGUAUGUACCCAGGAGUAGAACAUUUUAAUUCUAAUAUUAAGUGGAAGUUUGAUGACUCUCCCGGUGUUGAUGAUGAUAUGCAAAACUUAGAACACAAUCUCGACAGAAUACGUAGUCUGAGUCACGAGAGAAGCUUCAAUGCUUACGGACUAAAAGAAAACGAUAAUUUGUUGGAAGUAGAAGUGAAUGACAUUGUGGAUGAUGAUUCAGAUGAGAACAAAGACUAUGGUAACGGUUGUGUUCAUGAUAUCCAUGAAGAUAAAAGUGAAUACAGUGCUCAUAAAUUUUCACGUAACUCCUCACUAUCUAAUAGGGAACUUGACGUUAUCAAAGAGAGCUCUAGAAGCUCAAGUGAUACUGAAGUGACAUUAACGCGAUGACUUCCGAGGGUAACCUUUGAUAAAGCGGUCAAUGUUGUUCACUUGGAUUUAUCCCCGGAACAGAGACACCAUUGCCAACAAAAGUGUACGUUGUCAGUUAAAAGACCUCUUUAGUUGUUUGAUGGUUAGAAAGGACAUUUUAGAUUUAAGUAAAUGUGGACCAGUAGUUUCGGGUCUAAUUUCUGUAAAAUAUUCAAUAGUGUGUGAAUGUGAUUUACGAACGUUGAAAUAUCAAUUGUGCCAAGAAUAGACGUUAGAACUUUGUGAUCUCCGAGGACCCUUUCGGCAAGUACGAAUGGGUUUGUGUAAAUAAUUUCCCCCGAAAAAUAGCGAAUUGUAUAACGUAAAUAUUUAUACUGCGUAUGAAUAGGUACCAAAAUGUUGACAUGUUUUAGUAUGAAAUCAAGUAAAGGAAGUUUUGUAUUUUUUGUAAUAGUCGACUCAAAGAAUUGUGAAACUAUACUUAUACUUAAAUAUAUUGAAACAAGUUUUAUGUACUUCAAAUUUAAUGACUUGUAAGAUUAGUACUAUAUUUGUUUAUAUCAUCAAUUGUAAACUUUCACUGAUACUAAUAUUAAUUUGUUCUUUAUGUACAUAAUAAUAAGACUGUUUGAAGAAAAAAUCUUAAUGUUAUUCAGAUCGCACAAUACUUUUCUUCUAUACAUUAUGAUGUAAUGAUUAAAUUACAUUGUUGAUGUCUACCUAAAUGUUAAAUCAGCAAACGGAGAGAAAGUAAAUUGUUUGUAUAACAUUCGCGUUUUAUUUAUCAAACCCAAGAUAUGCAUAUCAGAUGAAGCGUAAAAUGAAGCAGACGUUAUUUUGUUUUGCGAUCUUUAACGAGGGCUUUGAGUAUCAUACAAAGAUUUUGUUAGCUCUGAGAUCUUUUUCAUAUAAUAUUAUGUUAAGUGCUGCUGAAUUAUUGUUCUAUUUUUUCAAAAUAAAAAAGAAAAGUAAGUAUUUUAAUUAAGAAACUGUAUUUAAUUCAAGUUUGAUACAGUUUGAUGCCGUCUUCUACAAAAUGGAUCAUCACAGUAAUAUACUUAUAAUUAACUAGAAAGAUGUGAGUAGGUUUAUUAUUACUUCUUCAUACUUAAGCAACUAGACCAAAUUUGAUGAAAUUCGGUAUAGAGUCAGCUGAAAUCCUGAAUUAACAUACAGGUAUCCGGCUACUGAAAGCAGUUACACGCGACAUCCAUACAAGCAAAGCGCUAACAAGCUAGUAAUAUUACAAAACAUUGCUGCAGCUCUAAGAUCGGGACCUUAAACUAGACCGACGUUGAAGUCAGUUUUACUACCAUCUUUAUGGAUGGACAACGAGUUUAUGGCUUGGAGCGAACCUAAACGACAGUAAACUUUGAUGUAUUAAUGUGUUAGACGCUAUAUCAGACCUUAUCUUGUGAAACUAUGAUACAAUCAGGAUGUAACACUAUGGGUAAACAAAGUUGCAAGAGCUGCAACAGAAACGACAGCACAUGCAUAGUGCAAGUAGUGUGUGUGAGUGGUAAGUUCAACACGCCAAAGGCACUGUGCGAUACGAGUCGUUACUUCAAGCCCGUGUAGGACAAAACAUGUUUGAUGUCUUUGUAGACGGGAGUUAUUUCUUAACACAUAUUACUAUAACAAAAAUUGCAAGAUCAUUUGUACAUUAAUUACUUGUUAUUGAUAACCUUGGCUACUAGAUUUAAUUUUUAUAUUUAGACGUAAAAAUCCCAGGUCAUCGUCUAAAAUCCUCGCUAACCUCCCAGGUACCAAAUAAACUAAAUUAACUAAAGAUUCAACCUACUUUCAAUUCAUUAAGCAAAGCGAUAUUGCAAGAUUAGUACAGCACAAAAACUUGUAUCCAUGUACAAGAACUUAAUAAAGCUAAUUGAAAUAGAAUUCACUUCAAAGGCUGAAGCAAAUAGGAAAACUGGGAUCGAUCUAAAUAGAGCGAUAGAAUGGUAUCUUCUAGAGAAAUUUCCAAUUUAAAAGCCCGUUUACAUUCAGUUCAUGUUACUUAGAAACGUGAUAACAACUUAGACAGACAGGCGCCUUUUUAUCGCGAGAAAUUUUUAUUCGUCGUGUGUAGAGGUGAGGUUAUUUUCUCGAUAGAAAGUCGUUUAAAGAUGUUUAACAGAGAGUUUUUUCAAAUGUGUUUUUAGGCUCCUCUGUCUGUAUAUCUGACUGACUGUCCAUUUGUCUGCCAGUAUGUUUUUUUAACAGAUGAUGUAAUUCUGCUGUCGACAUAAAGAUAAAUACUAAAAAUAAAAUUGAGGUAAGCAGUGGUUGUUACAGUCAUAAAGUAGUUGGUGGUCGGAUUGUUGUUGAUUUGUUACCGAAACUAUUUACUUACUUUUGUUGUACGGAACCCUUCGUCCCAGCGACGCAAGUAUAAUUCGGGCUUGAUCGUUUUUUUAAUACGGUUGAAUUAGUAAAAACGAGCAUCUGCUAACCACAGUGUAGAUGGCGGGCUAGCUGCCACUAUAGCUACACACAAGUCUAAAAGUCAAAGUUAAGCUGGAUUUUUGGAUUUGCACUGAAAUAUGCUCAGAUUUAUUUUAUUCCUUUUGUUGUUUAUGAAUUACAGAAAAGUCAGAAUUUACUCCACCCAAAAUUAUUUCCUUAAAUAUAUUCACAAA